AUGCAGAAAGAAAUAAGCUUUUCAAUGGAAAAAGGAGAUGCCCAUGAACAGGAUGAUGACGACGGAAGAGUCAGAAGAACAGGGACGUUAAUGAGUGCAAGUGCACAUAUAAUAACGGCAGUUAUAGGUUCAGGAGUGUUGUCACUUGCAUGGUGUUUUGGUCAGUUAGACUGUUACCGGUCUCCUGAUCCUGUUAAUGGUACAAGAAACUACAAUUACAUGCAAGCUGUCAAAGCUAAUCUUGGAGGACUUCAAUACAAAUUUUGUGGAGUAGCCCAGUACGGGAUCCUUAUCGGAGCAACCAUUGGAUAUACUAUCACCUCCGCCAUUUCAAUGGCGGCAAUUAAACGGUCAAAUUGUUUCCAUAAACACAGUCACCAUACCGGGUAUCACACGUUGAACAAUUCGUAUUUGAUAAUCUUUGCAGUAAUUGAAAUUGUUUUAAGCCAAAUACCUAACUUCCAUAAGCUGUCGAUCAUUUCGAUUGUUGCAACAAUCAUGUCUUUUACCUAUGCUACCAUUGGCAUUGCUCUCUCCAUUGCUAAAAUUGCAGGUGGACACCCGAGAACAAGCUUAACAGGAAUACCAGUUGGAAAGGACAUGCCAAGUGUUGAGAAAAUGUGGAGCACUUUUUCAGCAAUUGGAGAUAUUGCUUUUGCCUAUUCUUUCUGUCCAGUCCUUCUUGAGAUACAGGACACAUUGAAGUCAAGUCCUCCAGAAAACAAAGUUAUGAAAAGGGCAUCUACUGUGGGAGUCUCAGCAUCGACCUUAUUCUACCUGAUAUGUGGGACACUUGGAUAUGCAGCAUUCGGUAAUGAUGCACCUGGUAACUACUUGACAGGUUUUGGAUUUUACGAACCCUUUUGGCUUAUCGACUUUGGUAACUUGUGCAUUGUGAUUCAUCUUCUUGGAGCCUAUCAGGUGUAUGUCCAACCAUUUUUUGCGUUCGUGGAGAGUUGGAGCAAGGAAAAAUGGCCUAGAAACAAAUUCAUAGUUAGAGAAUACUCGCUAGGUAAAUUCAAGAUUAAAAUCUUCAGGUUGACAUGGAGGUCAUCAUAUGUGGUGUUAGCAACCCUGGUGGCCAUGGUCUUUCCCUUUUUUAAUAGUUUUCUUGGCCUUAUUGGUGCCACUACCUUCUGGCCAUUAACGGUGUAUUUCCCAAUAGAGAUGUACAUUUCACAAGCAAAGAUCCUAAAGAAUUCAUUCACCUGGAUUUGGAUGAAGGUAUUGAGUCUGGCAUGUUUGAUUGUAUCACUUGUUGCUGCGGCUGGAUCUAUCCGAGGCCUCAUUGUAUCAGUUGAGACAUUAAAGCUUUUCCACUCGGUGUCCUAG